AUGGAUGUGGAAAAUCAAAAUCCAGAUUCGAGCUUUCCGUUCUGGAAACCCGUUCCUCGCAGGCUCCUACCCGAUUCACCUUUCUUCGCUAUCGGUAACCUCGAACGAGAGCUUCUUGUCAAACAGGUUGCGUUGGAAUUUACAGAAGAGAAGGAACAGAUCGAGAGUUUUAUACAAGAAGAUGAAAGGGAAGUCUUCUGUCCUAUUGUUGGGUGUGGAGCGCGUUUGGCUUCAAUGGAGGACUUUGAAAAUCACUAUAAUGCAAGACAUACUGCAUCCUGUUCUGUGUGUUCUAGAGUCUAUCCAACAUCUCGUUUGCUCAGCAUACAUGUAUCCGAAGCCCAUGAUUCUUUCUUUCAGGCAAAAGUCGCACGUGGCUAUGACAUGUAUGAAUGCUUAGUGGAAGGCUGUGGUUUGAAAUUCAAAAGCUACAAAAGCAGGCAGCAGCAUCUGGUCGACAAGCAUAAAUUCCCGACAUCAUUUGAGUUUUUCAAGAAGGCUCUGCCUUCAAGAAAACAGCGGAUGAAAUCUCAACGCAAAAAACCUUCUCAUAAGGAGGAUACUUCAGGAAUGAUGGAAGUGGAAAAUGCAGCCAUAGAUGACCUUGUUUCAGCAGUCUCUAGAUUGAAUACAUCGGACUCAACUCCUUCCUCUAUCAGCUUUGGUCGCCGCAACACCAAAGGUUUGUCAUUUGUCCCUCGGGCUGUUCAGCAUGGGAGGGGAGCAAACUCGGGUUCAUCCGUAACCAAGAGAUAA